ACUUGUAACAGAAAAUUAAAAUAUACUCCACUCAAGAGAAGUCUGAACUUUGCACUUAGGUUCAAGUCUCAUUUAGAUUUAAGUUUCUAAACUUUGCUUAAGAAAUUGAGUUUUCUUUGAUCUCCUCUCUUCUGAAUUGCCGAAAUCAGAUAAACCUACUUGACAAAAAUGACUUCUUGUCACGUUGCUGAAGACCCUAUAAAAAAGGUGGCUAUCUUUGGAGGAACUCACGGGAAUGAACUAACAGGAGUAUUUCUAGUUAAGCACUGGCUGGAGAACAGCACUGAGAUUCAAAGAACAGGGCUGGAGGUAAAACCAUUUAUCACCAACCCAAGAGCAGUGAAGAAGUGCACCAGAUAUAUUGACUGUGACCUGAAUCGAGUUUUUGACCCUGAAAAUCUUGGCAAAAAAGAGUCAGAGGAUUUGCCAUAUGAAGUGAGAAAGGCUCAAGAAAUCAAUCAUUUAUUUGGUCCAAAAGACAGUGAAGAUUCCUAUGACAUUAUUUUUGACCUUCACAACACUACUUCUAACAUGGGGUGCACUCUUAUUCUUGAAGAUUCCAGGAAUGACUUUUUAAUUCAGAUGUUUCAUUAUAUUAAGACGUCUUUGGCUCCAUUAGCCUGCUAUGUUUACCUUAUUGAGCAUCCUUCUCUCAAAUAUGCAACCACUCGUUCUAUAGCCAAGUAUCCUGUUGGUAUAGAAGUUGGUCCCCAGCCUCAGGGGGUUCUGAGAGCUGAUAUUCUAGAUCAAAUGAGAAAAAUGAUUAAACAUGCUCUUGAUUUUAUACAGAAUUUCAAUGAAGGAAAAGAAUUUCCUCCCUGUGCUAUUGAAGUCUAUAAAAUAAUGGAGAAAGUUGAUUAUCCCAGGAAUGAAAGUGGAGAAAUUGCUGCUAUUAUCCACCCUAAACUUCAGGAUCAAGAUUGGAAACCCUUGCACCCUGAGGAUCCUGUGUUUUUAACUCUUGAUGGAAAGACUAUUUCAUUGGGUGGAGACCAAACCGUGUACCCAGUGUUUGUUAAUGAGGCCGCGUAUUAUGAGAAGAAAGAAGCUUUUGCAAAGACAACUAAACUAACACUCAAUGCAAAAAGGAUUCGCUCCUCUCUACAUUAGAAAUCGCUUGUAACUCACUUGUUAGAGAAUACCUUGAAAAAUUCUCCUAGUUUAUAAAGUCCUGAAGGGCAGGAUUGUGCCUUACUCAUCAUCAUUUCCACCGCUCCUAGCCUGGUGCCUUUCACACGGUGGACAUUCAGGUAAAUUUCUUGAAUGAAUGAAUGCAUUAAUGAAUGUCUUUCAAAGAGAUCAUACUUUAUGUAUGUAGCCUAUUCAAAGAAGUGCAUUCCUUAUUUCUCUAUAGCUUUGUAUACCUUAUACUUUGAUAGUUUAACGUUCUUAGUAAACAGCCUUAGAAUUCAAAUUUUAACAUUGAAGCAGUCCAUGGGAUUGCAGGGCCGGACACAACUGAGCGACUCAGUACAGCGCAGCACAGAUACUAUAUACAAAAAACUAUUAACUUGGGCAUAGAGUUAAAUGUUGUAUGCUUUUAAGUAAUUUGGAAAUACUACUAGAAACUAAUAGCACAGGCUCACUUUUUUAAAUUUUUUCACAUUUGAAUUAAUGCUAAAGUAUUAAAGUCAAUCAGCAGCAGUUGUGAUAUCUAUAGAUUUUAAGAUGCUCUUAUGACGAUGAAAUGUGAAUGAGAAAUGAGGGCUGAUUGUAAAGGCGACAUUAUGAAUAAAUCAAGAAACUCUGAA